AGGCAAGUUCCCCCUCCCGCGCGGGGUGGGCUGAACUCGUCAGCCAAUAAGAGCAGGGGGCGGAGCGCGCGCAGGCGGUAGAAGCCGGCCGGUCCCGGGGUGAGUGACAGCGGGUGCGUAGCUCAGUCGGUGGCUGUGAGGAGAGUCGCUAGCGGUCAACAUGUCAUCCAAUCAGGAAUCAGCUCUUCCUAGCUAUGAGGCUGAUAUCAGCCAGACAUCAAAACUGAUCAGAAAAUCUAAAGAGUCACCCUUUGUACCAGUUGGGAUGGCUGGUUUGAUUGCAGUUGUAGGCUAUGGACUGUACAAACUGAAGCACAGAGGCAAUACAAAAAUGUCUGUUCACCUGAUUCACAUGCGCGUGGCAGCCCAGGGCUUUGUUGUUGGAGCAAUGACAUGUGGUGUGCUCUACUCAAUGUAUCGGGAAUACCUGGCAAAACCCAAGGAGUAAAAAAAUAAAUAUAACUGAAAUCUGUGCUGCGUGGUGGUGGUCUAUGUAUCUUAGUUAUAGACCUCACAUUGAGGUGUCUUUUUAAUUAAAAGAAAAAAGAGUGGGAAAUAAAAUAAAAAUUCAAGGAUGUGGUUCUACAAUACUGUACAUGUCUUGAACCUUUUAGGUUGCCAGUCUGGAUCUAGCACAAGGUGGUGACAAAGCUACCACAAUCUGCUGGCUUUCUUAGACUGAGACUACCACACCCACUAGGAACUUGUGUAUUGUACAGCACAGUGCCUCUCUUCCCUUUCCCACCCAGUCUCCCUACACAACUGAUAAUUUAUGGCAUUCUUGACCAGAAGUCCAAGGAUUGUAAAUAGGUCUGGAACCCAAACAACCUUCUUUCACUGGAGUGGUGGUCCCUCAAGCGCAUGGCUGAAGCACCUAGGAAAGUCUGCGGGGAGAAGGUUGUACUCCUGCCUAUGUUGUCUUUGUCCUGUAGAUAAAAGAACUUCAGUCUCUAAGGCUAUAAUCCAGCACUUUCACUAGCACUAAACUCACUCAAAAUAAUUCUUAAAUUUGCAUAGAACAAAAUGGCUUUAAAACUAAAAAUAGGUUUUGUUUUAAUUUGAAGCAUGAGCUGAGCAUUCACUAGUGGAUAAAACUAUUUAAACAUAUUUAUUACACAAUACUAAUAAUUGAGGCCCAGAAGCCCUAUUUUUAAUAAAUUAUGGAUUGCAGCUUCUGAGAUUGAGUUUGGUAACUGCUCAUUUAUUUUUGCAGUAUUAGGUGUAUGAUGUAACAUUUUAAAAUGACAUUUUGAAAACUAAAUCUGUACUUGAAGUGAUGCAUUUUAAGUAUGUAAUUAGAAUGCCUGACUUAAUUUGUGUGAUAUUGCUGUUUCAAUGGAAGUUCUAAACUUCUUAGACCUUUGCCUUUAUUAUCCUUGGUGUGAGAUCAUAUGGAGUGUUCUUCCAUUAGUGAUUUAUGGUAACUUCAUUAAAAUCUGGCCUCGACGCCAAAUGUAUUGAUCAAGUGAAGCACAUCUGUAAACUUCCACUUUCUCGAACUUGCUGGCAUUCCAUGGAGAUAGCCUGGUGUCUAACAGUGUUUGUAAUAAAUACAGUAAGCAACUCCAA